AUGGCCAACAACAAGAGAAAGAGAGAUAACGCGCCUGAGAGCGAGCCUGUCGAGAAAACAGAACAGCAGUCAACAAAGAAAGUCAAGACUCCAGCACCAACCAAGGCUGCGCGCGCCAGCUCUAACUCCAGCACUUCUGCGACUCCAUUCAAAGUGGACAGCACCUCCCCGAUACAUAUCCAAGUCGUCGCCGGCUCCUACGACCGCGUCCUUCACGGUAUCACCGCCACCGUUACUCCCACGACCACUACGACCGCUACCCCCUCCAAGAACAAGAAGAAGGCCGCCGCCGAAACCACAACAAUCUCGUACAAGGUCUCCUUCGCCGAUACCUUCCUCUUCAACGCCCACGCCUCCGCCAUCCGAUGCCUGGCCCUCUCCCCUCCCUCGGCGCCCACGCCCAGCCAAAAGGGUGGACAGAAGGUCCUUCUCGCCACGGGCGCCACCGACGAGCGCAUCAACAUCUACAACAUCUCGGCGCACCCACCCUCGGCCAAGGCCGCUGACGACCAGAAGCUUCUCAACAGCAUCACCCCCCGCCCCGUUCUCGAGAACCCCAAGAAUCGCGAGCUCGGCACGCUUUUGCACCACUCCUCCAACAUCACCCGCCUCGUGUUCCCCAACCGCUCCAAGCUGCUUUCCGCCUCGGAGGAUUCUACUGUGGCCGUCACCCGCGUCCGCGACUGGGCGCUGCUGCACACCUUCAAGUGUCCCAUCCCCAAGGCGCAGGGCCGCCCGUCAGGCGACACGGCUGCUUUGGGCGCGGUGCCCGCGGGCGUCAACGACUUUGCGGUGCACCCGAGCAACAAGAUCAUGAUCAGCGUCAGCAAGGGCGAGCGCAGCAUGCGGCUGUGGAACCUGGAGACGGGCAAGAAGAGCCGCGUGCUGAACUUCCCCAAGGAGGUUCUGAUGGAGAUUGGCGAGGGGAAACACAGCACGGGCGAGGCGAGGAGGAUCGUCUGGGGCGAGGACGAGUUCGCGGUGGCGUUUGAUCGGGAUGUGCUGGUUUUCGGCAUGGACUGCAGGCCUAGGUGCAGGGUUAUGAGGCCGGAUGUGGUGGGCACGAAAGUGACAAAGGUGCAUGAGAUCAAGUAUGUUUCUCUCGGAAAAGAAGAGGGGCAGGAGGAGGAUAAGAAUGUCCUGGCUGUCGCCACGGAGGACGGAAGGAUAUUGUUCUUUGACACGGCUGAGAAGGAACUGCUUGAGCCUCCUGCUGCUCCCGAACCUAAGGAGAAUGAGCAGCAUAAGGUGAAGACGUUCGAGGCCAAGACCCCCAACGCCAAGCUCAUCGCUCAGCUCGGCGGCAAGACGGCCGGCGUGCAGGGCAGAAUCAAGGACUUUACUGUCCUGCCCAUCGAGGACGAGGAGACCCGCAAGAGGUCGUGGUUCAUUGCCAGCGCGAGCAGCGAUGGCCGCGUCAGGAUGUGGCGUCUUGAGAGCGAUGAUCUUUAUGUCAAGGGUGAUGUUAAGCCUGGCAGACAGGUUGGAGAACUGCUCGGCACGUACGAGACGGAGAACAGGAUUACCUGCUUGGGCGCGUUUGUCAUGAUACCCAGACCCGAGGGAUCGGUGGAGAGCGAGUAUGAGUUUGAUAGUGAGGAGAGCGAGGAUGAAGAGUCUGAUGAUGAGUAA